CAAAAAAAAAAACCAAUUCCAUCCCAAGAAGAGUUCUUCUCUUCUUUUUUCAUCACCCAUUGAACCCUUAGAUACCCCAGUCCCUUCCCCGUUUUCCUCACACAUUCACAACCCCGCCAAUAUGGUCCAGUCAUCAGUUCUCGGUUUCCCCCGCAUGGGUGCGAACCGUGAGCUCAAGAAGGCCAACGAGGCUUACUGGGCUGACAAGCUGUCUCGCGAUGACUUGUUGAAGGAGGCUAAGAGACUCCGUCUCGAGCACUGGAAGAUCCAGAAGGAUGCCGGUGUCGACGUCAUCCCCAGCAACGACUUCGCUUUCUACGACCACAUCCUCGACCACAUCCAGCUCUUCAACGCUGUCCCCGAGCGAUACACCAAGCACAACCUCCACAAGCUCGAUGAGUACUUCGCUCUCGGCCGUGGCCACCAGAAGGAUGGCGUCGACGUUCCCAGCUUGGAGAUGGUCAAGUGGUUCGACUCAAACUACCACUACGUCAAGCCUACUCUCCAGGACAACCAGACCUUCAAGCUUGCUGAGGACCCCAAGCCCGUCCGCGAGUUCCUCGAGGCCAAGGAGGCUGGCAUCACCACCCGCCCCGUCCUCAUCGGUCCCGUCUCCUUCCUCGCCCUCGGAAAGGCCGACCGUGGCCAGUCCGUCGACCCCAUCUCUCUCCUUGACAAGCUCGUCCCCGUAUACGUUGAGCUCCUCGAGAAGCUGAAGGCUGCUGGUGCCGAGACUGUUCAGAUCGAUGAGCCCGUCUUGGUCUUCGACCUUCCCUCCAAGGUCAAGGACGCUUUCAAGCCCGCCUACGAGAAGCUCGCAGCUGCCGGCCUCCCCAAGAUUGUCCUUGCUACUUACUUCGGAGACAUCGUUCACAACUUCGAUGUCUUCCCCGCUCUCAAGAACGUCCACGCCAUCCACGUUGACCUCGUCCGCAACCCCGAGCAGCUCGAGGCCGUCAUUGGCCAGCUUGGCCCCAACCAGGUCCUCUCCGCCGGUGUCGUCGAUGGACGUAACAUCUGGAAGACCAACUUCAAGCGUGCCAUCGAGACCGUUGAGACCGCCAUCCAGAAGCUCGGCAAGGACCGUGUCAUCGUCGCCACCUCCAGCUCUCUCCUCCACACUCCUCACUCUCUUGACAGCGAGAAGAAGCUCCCUGCUGAGGUCAAGGAGUGGUUCUCCUUCGCCGUCCAGAAGACUGCUGAGGUCGUCGUCAUUGCCAAGGCCGUCACUGAGGGCCCCGCUGCCGUCAAGGAGGCUCUUGAGGCCAACGCCCAGGCCAUCCACGCCCGUGCUACCUCCGAGCGCACCAACAACAAGGCCGUCAAGGACCGUCAGUCCAGCGUCACUGCUGCUGACCACGAGCGCAAGUCUCCCUUCCCUGAGCGUUACGCCCAGCAGAAGACCCACCUCAAGCUCCCUCUCUUCCCCACCACCACCAUCGGUUCCUUCCCCCAGACCAAGGAGAUCCGUAUCCAGCGUAACAAGUUCACCAAGGGUGAGAUCACUGCUGAGGAGUACGAGAAGUUCAUCGAGAAGGAGAUUGAGGACACCAUCAAGAUCCAGGAUGAGCUCAACCUCGACGUCUACGUCCACGGUGAGCCCGAGCGUAACGACAUGGUUCAGUACUUCGGCGAGAGGCUCGACGGAUACGUCUUCACCACCAACGGUUGGGUCCAGUCUUACGGAUCCCGCUGCGUCCGUCCCCCGAUCAUCGUCGGUGACAUCUCUCGUCCCGCCCCUAUGACCGUCAAGGAGUCCAAGUACGCUGCCUCCGUCUCCAGCAAGCCCAUGAAGGGUAUGCUCACUGGACCCAUCACCUGCCUCAGGUGGUCUUUCCCUCGUGACGAUGUCCACCAGUCUGUCCAGGCUCAGCAGCUCGCCCUUGCUCUCCGCGACGAGGUCGUUGACCUCGAGGCUGCUGGCAUCUUCGUCAUCCAGGUCGAUGAGCCUGCCCUCCGUGAGGGUCUCCCUCUCCGCUCCGGUACCGAGCGUGAGAAGUACCUCUCUUGGGCCGUCGACUCCUUCAAGCUUGCUUGCGCUGGCGUCCAGGACUCUACCCAGAUCCACUCCCACUUCUGCUACUCCGAGUUCCAGGACUUCUUCCACGCCAUUGCCGCUCUCGAUGCUGAUGUCCUCUCCAUCGAGAACAGCAAGAGCGACGCCAAGCUCCUCAAGGUCUUCGAGGACAAGGCCUACCCUCGCCACAUCGGACCUGGUGUCUACGACAUCCACUCCCCUCGUGUUCCCUCCGAGCAGGAGAUCAAGGACCGUCUCGCCGAGAUGUUGGUUUACCUCAAGCCUGAGCAGCUCUGGGUCAACCCUGACUGCGGUUUGAAGACCCGCCAGUGGAAGGAGACCAAGGCUGCGCUCACCAACUUGGUCAACGCCGCCAAGUUCUACCGCGAGAAGUACUCUUCUUAAGCUCCUCAUUCCCAUGUGGAGCAUGCCUAUUGAGGCAAAAUUCUAGACAUCCUUCAUCAGCGUGUCUGGGAAAGCAGCAUAUCAACAGCUGCGUGUAAUGUGUGUAAUGUGUUCAUGAUACCAAAAAGUUCAACCUGCAUUUCUGGUCAACGGGCGGGUAGGGGCUUAUAUGAACGAUCUCAACAUCGGCGUUCAUCCCCAGGAGAGGGAUAGUAAGCGUCAGUAUUUGAGAUCCAACGUGGCGUAAUUGGCAAUCUUUGGCUUCAUGGGUCGGCGUCGAAAAAGUCUCAAAAUCAAAAAGACUUAAGUUCUCAUUUUAGAGCAGAUGCACUUGUUCGCAAUCUGCAUGAUGGAAGUUGGACAAGAUUAAACAAGGCUGUCUUGAUGCCUGAUGCUAUAUAGUUGAUGUCUUUGAGACAGAAUUAAUAAAGAAGUUCAAC